GAGAUUUAAUCAAAAGGAAAUCUAAUACGCGGCCAUAUGGAUUUCACCUUGUGGCAGUCGAAGUAACCGUAUUUUUAAAUAUUGUUAUUUUGGUCAUUUGUAUCUGUAUUUAAUCUCAUCGAAGGUGAACAUUUAAUAUUUCUUUUAUCGUUAUCGAUGCAACAUCUGUCUGCGGAGCGUAUAUAAAUUGAUGUAUGCAGUUGUCAAUUGCAGUAUUGGGAUACCCACAAUCAUGUACGCUCUCAACAUCCUUCUCGUACUUUGUCUCGCAGUCACGGCUUACGGGUUCCCUGGAACUCAGAUCGUCGGUGGCAAAGAUGCACCAGCUGGAGGGUUUCCGUACCAAGUUUCUCUUAGACAAAAUAAUAACCAUUUCUGUGGUGGAUCCAUACUGAAUAGUCGCUACAUCCUCACUGCAGCUCAUUGCGUCACAGGGCAAUCGCCUAGCAGAGUAACCGUCCAUGCUGGCACAAACCGUUUGAGCGAAGCUGGAACUAUUUACAAUGCGGAAAAAAUUUUGACCCAUUCGGGAUUCAACUCGAUGUUGUUGGUUAACGACGUGGCUGUAAUUCUUGUCGAUAGAGCAAUUUCUUUCAAUGAAAAAGUUCAACCAAUCCAAUUGGCCUCGAAGGAUGUGGCUGAGGGAUCAUCCUGCAUUUUAUCAGGAUGGGGAAGGCUUCAGGCUGGAGGAAGUUUGCCCAAUAAUUUGCAAUACAUAGACUUGCGCGUUGAGACUCAGGCAAAGUGCAAACAGACUCACUGGAAUCUCCGUGAAUCGCACAUCUGCACGUUUACCAAAUACGGAGAAGGAGCAUGCAACGGUGACUCUGGUAGCCCCCUUGUUGCAAAUGGUGUACAAAUCGGUAUCGUAUCCUUUGGACGACCAUGCGGAGUUGGAAGCCCUGAUGUAUACACGAGAGUAACAUCAUUCUUGUCAUGGAUCAAGCAACAGGAAUCUUUGACUCUGGACUUACACGAAGAACAGACUAAUGACGAUACAGUCUAACUUGUCUGAUUGUACUUCUUAAAUGCUAUUGGUCUUUAAAAACUAUCAAAUUCUAGUGAAAACUUGUUAUCAUCGAUGAUAUUCUUACAUUUAAUAAAUAAGUCAACUUUGCCACUGACAAAUGUUGAAACUGGCUCGAGUAAAGCAUAUUAGUGAUUGUGUAUACAGAAAUAUUUGUCUGAAAUAAAA